GGGCCUGGAGGUGCCGGAGCGCCCUGGUGCUGAUGCAGGAUGGCUGAGCGCGCCGGAGCCCGGGAGGUCUGAGCCGGGCGGGGAUCGCUCCCUGCGCAUCUCCUACUCCGCUCGCCGCGUGGUCGCGGGCAGGUGGACCAGGGCGCAGGACCUGGCUGGAGGUCAGCAGCAGGGGGGCCCAGCUAAUAGGCUGCUCUCCUUCCCGGUGGCGGAGCUGUCCGGCUGUCCAGAGCAGGCUCGCGAUGACCUGCUGAGAAGCUGCGGGAGGCUGCGGGAGGCGGCCUAGCUGCGGGCAGCGGUUGGUUCGCGGCCUCCUCGGUGGCGCAGCCCAGCCCGGCCCCCCACCCAUCCCCGCGUCCCCUCCAGCAGCGUCCGGAGAUGGCGGAUCCAGCCGAAUGCAGCAUCAAAGUGAUGUGCCGGUUCCGGCCCCUCAACGAAGCGGAGAUCCUCCGCGGGGACAAAUUCAUCCCCAAAUUCAAAGGCGAAGAGACGGUGGUGAUCGGGCAAGGGAAGCCAUACGUAUUUGACAGAGUGCUGCCGCCCAACACAACCCAAGAGCAGGUCUACAAUGCCUGUGCGAAGCAGAUUGUCAAAGACGUCCUUGAGGGCUAUAAUGGGACCAUUUUUGCAUACGGGCAGACUUCGUCAGGAAAAACCCAUACCAUGGAGGGGAAGCUGCACGAUCCUCAACUUAUGGGCAUUAUACCGAGGAUCGCACAUGACAUUUUUGAUCACAUCUAUUCCAUGGAUGAGAACCUGGAGUUUCACAUAAAGGUUUCCUAUUUUGAGAUCUACUUGGACAAAAUAAGGGACUUGCUUGACGUGUCCAAGACCAACUUAGCUGUUCACGAAGAUAAAAACAGAGUCCCCUAUGUAAAGGGGUGCACCGAGAGGUUCGUGUCCAGCCCCGAGGAGGUCAUGGAUGUGAUAGACGAGGGCAAAGCAAACCGACAUGUGGCUGUGACAAACAUGAAUGAACACAGCUCGAGGAGUCACAGUAUCUUCCUGAUUAACAUUAAGCAAGAGAAUGUGGAGACUGAAAAAAAACUCAGCGGGAAGCUGUAUUUGGUUGACUUGGCUGGGAGUGAAAAGGUCAGCAAAACUGGUGCCGAGGGAGCUGUUCUUGAUGAAGCUAAAAAUAUCAACAAGUCUUUGUCUGCUCUUGGAAAUGUGAUCUCUGCCUUGGCAGAAGGGACAAAAACACAUGUGCCGUACCGGGACAGCAAGAUGACUCGGAUUCUCCAGGACUCUCUGGGUGGGAACUGUAGAACCACAAUUGUCAUUUGCUGUUCUCCUUCCGUCUUCAAUGAAGCUGAGACCAAGUCCACGCUGAUGUUUGGACAGAGAGCAAAGACCAUCAAGAAUACAGUCUCGGUGAACUUGGAACUGACAGCAGAAGAAUGGAAGAAGAAAUAUGAAAAGGAGAAAGAGAAGAACAAGGCCUUGAAGAGUGUCAUCCAGCAUCUGGAGAUGGAGCUGAACAGGUGGAGGAAUGGGGAAGCUGUGCCUGAGGAUGAGCAGAUCAGUGCCAAGGACCAAAAGAACCUGGAGCCCUGCGACAACACACCCGUCAUAGACAACAUCACCCCCGUUGUUGUCGGCAUCUCUGAGGAGAAGGAGAAGUAUGACGAGGAGAUCUCCAGUCUGUACCGGCAGCUAGAUGAUAAGGAUGAUGAAAUUAACCAGCAGAGCCAGCUGGCUGAAAAGCUAAAGCAGCAGAUGUUGGAUCAGGAUGAGCUUCUAGCCUCCACAAGAAGGGACUAUGAGAAGAUACAGGAGGAGCUGGCACGCCUCCAGAUCGAAAACGAGGCUGCCAAAGACGAAGUGAAGGAGGUCCUGCAGGCCCUGGAGGAGCUGGCUGUCAAUUAUGACCAGAAGUCACAGGAGGUGGAAGACAAGACCAGGGCCAACGAGCAGCUGACGGAUGAGCUGGCCCAGAAAACGAUGACACUGACAACCACACAGAGAGAGCUGAACCAGCUCCAGGAGCUUAGUAACCACCAGAGGAAGAGGGCCACCGAGAUCCUGAACCUGCUGCUGAAGGAUCUGGGGGAGAUAGGCGGGAUUAUCGGCACCAACGACGUGAAGACGCUGGCAGAUGUCAAUGGAGUCAUUGAAGAGGAGUUCACCAUGGCGCGCCUGUACAUUAGCAAGAUGAAGUCGGAGGUCAAGUCCCUUGUGAACCGCAGCAAGCAGCUGGAGAGCGCCCAGAUGGACUCCAACCGAAAGAUGAACGCCAGCGAGCGGGAGCUGGCAGCUUGCCAGCUGCUGAUCUCCCAGCAUGAAGCCAAGAUCAAGUCUCUCACAGACUACAUGCAGAACAUGGAGCAGAAGAGGAGACAGUUGGAAGAGUCCCAGGACUCACUCAGCGAAGAGCUGGCCAAGCUCCGAGCCCAAGAAAAAAUGCAUGAAGUCAGCUUCCAGGAUAAAGAGAAGGAACACCUGACAAGGCUCCAGGAUGCUGAGGAGAUGAAGAAGGCUCUGGAACAGCAGAUGGAGAGUCACCGGGAAGCUCACCAGAAGCAGCUGUCCAGACUUCGUGAUGAAAUCGAGGAGAAGCAGAAAAUCAUUGAUGAGAUUCGGGACUUGAACCAGAAACUGCAACUGGAGCAGGAGAGGCUGAGCUCUGAUUAUAACAAGCUGAAAAUAGAGGACCAGGAGAGAGAAGUAAAACUGGAGAAGCUCCUGUUGCUCAAUGAUAAAAGGGACCAAGCCAGGGAGGACCUCAAGGGGCUGGAGGAGACUGUGUCUAGAGAACUCCAGACCCUUCAUAACCUGCGCAAACUCUUCGUCCAGGAUUUGACCACCCGGGUGAAAAAGAGUGUGGAGUUGGACAGCGACGAUGGAGGGGGUAGUGCCGCCCAGAAGCAGAAGAUCUCUUUCCUGGAGAAUAACCUGGAGCAGCUUACCAAGGUGCACAAGCAGCUGGUCCGGGACAAUGCAGACCUGCGCUGUGAACUCCCCAAGCUGGAGAAGAGGCUGCGUGCUACAGCUGAGCGCGUCAAGGCCCUGGAGAGUGCGCUGAAAGAGGCCAAGGAGAAUGCCAUGAGGGACCGCAAGCGCUACCAGCAGGAGGUGGAUCGCAUCAAGGAGGCUGUGCGGGCCAAGAACAUGGCCAGGAGGGCACAUUCUGCUCAGAUCGCCAAGCCCAUCCGCCCAGGACAUUACCCGGCAUCAUCUCCAACAGCUGUCCAUGCCGUCCGAGGAGGAGGUGGCUCUUCAAACCCUACUCACUACCAGAAGUAAAUGCAGAAUAUGACUCCAUGUAGCAUGAAAAGGACUAUAUUAGUCUCCAGUUCCUUUAUUGCCCCCUCCUAUACAGUUUCCAUUUCUUUUUACACUUGCUUGCCCAGCCGUCUGUAGUACACCAGAUUCAGGUGUUUGAGCUAUGUAGAAUUUGUGUGUACAGAUAUGUGCUUGGAUCCUUCUCCUAAGAACUGGAAGGAGGUGGUUGCAAAAUAUCCACUUUCUGCUUGGAACGGUCCCCACUCACGGCCUCCAGGGUUGGUGGUCUCUGGAGGUCCCUGCAGUGCACUGACCCAUUGGAAUGGAACACCCUGCUGUGACAUCUUUGAGGGGACAACCAAGUGCUGUGGAAUCAGUGACCAUGCUCUGCUUCGACUGUCUGGUUUCCUGUAAAAUAAACACAUUACUUUAUAUUUUUAGGGAACAAAAAAAAGUGCUGCUAUAGGGUUCAAAAUUUUCAUUCUGAACACUUUUCCAAAACCAACCCCAGAGAGCAUUUUAAAUAUCCUGAUCAUGUCUUUGGAUCUAUAAAAUAUACCUUUUAGUAUGGCACCUGGUAAAAUGAAAGCAGAUUUCUUCAAGGCAGAAAAAAAAAAAACAGUUUGACAGUAGCAGUGUAGAAUUUGCUCAUUCAGACACAUCCAUGAAAAUGGGAAGUCAUACAAUUCACCUCCGAGCUGCUUGCUGGUAAACCUGCAGUGACUAGUCUCAGCCCAAUUGUUUGAACAUCAUUCCUCUAGAAGUACUGGAAAUGCUGCAGAAUUGGAUGAGUGGAGAUGGGGAUCCUCCACUUCGCAGCACCUCCUCCCAGUCCCCUGGAACUCGGACUGGGAUGACCUCUUUCUCUAGUGAGCCAUCAAGCGCUUGAGGAGAUGCUCCUUAAGAACUCCAGCAUCAUUCCAGUAGUUGGAAAAGAAUUCCCUCAAGGGAAAGUAAUUGAUGAGAUUUGUGCCUCUCUGUGAAUUCAUUUUCAUUGUAACCCAUCAUCAAGCACCGCUGAUUUGAAUUCUUUUUUUGGUGCCAAAUGGGCUUUUUCUUCUAGGCACAGAGGAUGGAUUUUUUUAACAUUUAAUUAUUAUUUUAUUUAAAUACAUGAAUCUAAAAGUGAUUCCUUACUAAGAGAAUCAGUUGCCAAGUAAUAGAUUUUCAAGGGAAAUUGACAGGUUUAAGUAAUUUGGUACUAUGUGCUGCUAUUUUUAUUUAUUUGCGGGUUAGUUGGUAACAUCUCCUCCAAUCUCAGAGAAAUCACCCAUCCUGGCAUCUUAUGUGCCCAAGAAGUAUGAGCUUACACCAUCUUCUCCAGCUGGCACCACUGAAGUAAAGUCUAUGCCGGGUGGGGCGGGUGGUUGGGCGUUCUCAUGGCUUCGAGGGUGAGGAUAGAAAAGUUAAUGUAGUUAAUGUGUGUACACAUGCACAUGCAUGUGUAAAAUGUCAAGGGUCAUUAUGUUACCUCCAGAUUCUUUUUGUAUAGACUUUCCCUAACAAAGCAACAUUGCUUUGACUUAAUUUAUUUGUUACAUGUUGCCCUUUUAUCCACAUGUUUUUUGUUUUUAACUAGGCAUGAAAAGAAGACAACUUCUAUUGAAGUAUUUAUUUCACAAAGGUGAUUCUGUGUUUGUCUAACUGUGUUCACCUGGUUUAAUUUUGUUGCUACUGUCUACUUGACAUAUCUGCUUGGCUGUGGUCUGGAGUCUGAUGGGUAUUUUGCAGGGCAAGUUUGCAAGCCUUAUCAGGUACUACCUGAUGCCAAAUUGCAAGCAUGUUGCCUAUGCUUGCCUCUGGCUUUGGAAGCUGAAACAUUGGCCUGUAAGAGGACUGCCAAUCAAACACUUCUAUAGGACCUGCUAUUGUCUUUUAUACAACUGUACGACUUUUGUGUUUAGAAAUUGGGUAAUGCAGUAAUGCCAUAUUCUUGGCUUUCAUUAAUAUCCAUUAGAAAAUGGGUUAUUUUAGAUUCUUUCUAAAGCAGUUUCCCCCUAGGUUCCCGUUUUCUACUUUUGAAGAACUGUGGGGCACUUUCAAGUUUCAAAAGGCAGCGUUCAUUUGUAGUUCCCUUUACUUGAUCUCUACAAGGGCCUUACAAAAUUCACUGUACUUUUAUUCACAGAGAAAGUUGGCUUUGAUGUCUUUUAGAGAUAAUUCUGCUAGUUGCUGAUCAGCCAGUCAGUUCAUCUAGCGCCAGUCUUUAUAAGACCUCUAAUCUAAUUUUCUCACAGUGACUAAAAGCUAGGCACAUCAUUGGAACGGAUUAUACAGCUUAUUCAUGCAGGCCCCUUAAUCUCACUUUGACUAUUAAUUCUUUUAGCAGGACAGUAUACUCUUGGGCCACUUUUUAAAAAGACCGUGUUUAUAAAAAAUUCAUUGUUGAAAGACUAUUACAUCCUAUACUCUAAAUGUAAAAAAAACCCAUUUCUGAACAGCCAAGUGAAGGGUUACAUUUCUGGUCACAUGCUGCAUGUUACUGGUAUGUAUGUCAAUGUGUACUCUGCUCUAGAUAAUGUACUAUUUCAUGCCCAUUUCUUGAAAGUUUACUCCGAGGUGCUGUUUGAGUACAGCCAGUGGCUUAUACAAAUAACGUCCACUUGCAGAGCCACGGGGUGCUGAUAGUGAUUGCAGUUAUGGUUGGGACUUACACCAACAACUGCAGUUCGGUCUGUUCUUAGUGAGUCCUGUAUGUCCUUUGAAUGAGGAGCAGUUUGCUUUAUUGAAUGGCAGGUAGGAUAGCAUUAGAGGUGUUAGGACUUUUAAAGGGUAUAGAAUUGUAUGGGGAAGAAAAUCAGAAUUUGUAGAAAUGUUGGAAUAAAUGAAGGGAUAAAAAUAUUUGUCUAGAAUGUCGAUCCAGUGACUCCUUGAAGCCUUCGAGUUCAUAUAGAGAAGUGAAUUUUCAGUCUCAGGACACGACCAGGGCUUCACCCGGAUAGGGUUUCAUCAGCUUCACUCUCUUAGAAGAACAGCCAAAGGAACAUAAGGCUUCAACAGUCCCUUCCUUUGACGGUCAGGUGCCAUUGGGACACUAGGUAAAUGACACUGGGAAAACUAGUCAUUAGCAGAAGUUUGUCAUCGGGCAGGUUUCACUUCAUUGUCUCAUCCUGGCUAUCUUGAGCAAGCUAAAGAGCAUCACUGUUUAAAACUGCUUCAUAACGUGAUUUUGAGUUUUAAAAUGAGUAUUGAGUAAGGACCAGAUAACUGCCAAAGGAGGCACCAAUUUAUGAGGUCUGCUUAGUUACUGAAAAUUGUGUGUCAAUUUUAAACACUUGCCAUGUGUGCAGCUUCAAGGGGAAUAGGGCUUUCUGUAGAAUUCUAUCUGUCUAGUUUGUAAAGUGUUCUGUGUACUGCAGAUUUGUGUUCUCUGGGCUUUAUGUCCUGUACAGUAGAUUUCAUUAAGAAAAAUUGUGGACAAACUUGUUUCUGUGGUUUGAUGGGGAGAGUGGCAGUGUGUAUUAAAUAGCUAUCCUGUGAGAUAGAAAUGUCCCCAAAGAUCUGGAAGUAACCCUCCCUGGCCCUUGGAAAACUCUGGUUAUCUCCUAGGUUCUAAAUGAAGAUGUAUGGAUACUCUGGCAGACUGCAUGUUGUAUAAUUUGAAAAUACUCAAAACUGGACAAUAAAACCGAGUUAAACUUUGA